GCAGAACGCAGAGAGUGCAUCACACACACUCACACACACAGUGUGAGCCAGCCUUGCGCAAGCACAGCAACAAGUGUUUCCUGGGAGGGAUUGAGUGGAUAGUGAAUAUAUAUAUAGCCAAUGUAUCAGAAGAGUCAGCCAAGGAUUUAGCUGCAGUCAGACUGGUGCUGCCUCCUCUGUUCCUCAGCUGCUCACUAUUCAGCACCAUGGACAGCGCCUUCCUGAAACUGGACGCAGCCGAGUUCUUGGAGAUCUGGCAGCGCUUUGAUGCUGAUGACAAUGGCUACAUUGAGGGCAAGGAGUUGGAUGAAUUCUUUUGCCAUCUGCUUAAGAAACUGGGCACAAAUGCAAUAACAGCUGAUAAGGUUCAGAGGGUGAAAGAUCGAUUUAUGUCUGCGUAUGACAUUACCGCUGAUGGACGUCUACAAAUACAAGAGCUUGCAAACAUGAUUCUGCCUGAAGAUGAAAAUUUUCUGUUGCUGUUUCGCCGAGAAACUCCAUUGGAUAACAGCGUGGAGUUCAUGCGGAUUUGGAGGAAAUUUGAUGAGGAUAGCAGUGGAUUUAUCUCAGCAGUUGAACUCAGGAAUUUCUUGCAAGAUCUGUUCUUACAGCACAAGAAACAUAUUACAGGUGACAAGCUGGAUGAAUAUACAGACACCAUGAUGAAACUGUUCAACAGAAAUAAAGAUGGACGGCUAGACCUGAAUGACUUGGCAAAGAUCCUGGCUCUGCAAGAAAAUUUCCUUCUUCAAUUCAAAAUGGAUGCAAGUAGCCAAGAGGAAAGAAAGAGCGACUUUGAAACUAUCUUUGCGCACUAUGAUGUUAGUAAAACAGGAGCAUUAGAGGGUCCAGAAGUGGACGGAUUUGUCAAAGAUAUGAUGGAACUUGUGAAGCCAAGCAUCAGUGGUGUGGACCUCGAUAAAUUCCGUCAGAUCCUAUUAAACCAUUGUGAUGUCAACAAGGAUGGGAAAAUCCAGAAGUCUGAACUGGCACUGUGCCUUGGUCUAAAAGCAAACCCCUGAUGGCCAUUCGGGCUGUUAUUACCACUUCUUUCAUGUUAGAACAUAAGGGUUUAAAAGUAGCCAUGUUCUCCUAAUGAUCUAUGUCUCAGUGAUGAUUGAUGGAAGCAUACAGAUUCAUAUGCAUGAAUAUUGCAAAACUGUUUAGAAAAACGUGACAAGCCAUUUAAGGGUCCAGAUAAUAUGUGUUUGUAAAAUGUAUAAUUUCAAAACUUUUUUCCUUCUAAUAAAAUGCUCAUAAAAUGUAAAAAUGAAGUACGUAAAUGUUGCAACACUUUUAGAGUACUGUGAUCCACUUACUGUACCAAAAUACUGAAGGUGCAUGUGUUAUGUUGCUGUCACAUUUCCUUUCUUUGUGGAGCAAUAAAAAAUGUCUGUUUUUGCAA